AUGAAGGCGGCGGCGGAGCUCGAGGAGGUUUUGCGCGGGGAAGGGGCCCUUCCCUUCCAAAAUGGCCUCCACGUCGCGGUGGUGUCACCCCCUACGGCAAACUUCUCGACCCCAAUCCGCCCGGUGAGCAGCCCCGAUGCGAAGCCGAAGGACCGCACACCAAUACGCAACCGUCCGGUAAAUCUGUUCGAUCAGGAGGCGCUAUUUUCCACCAGCCUCCUGUUGGAGUGCGCAAACUGUCGAAAUCCGUGCUCCGCCUCGACGGCUGAGAGGCAAAGCAUUGAAAAAGAUAACAAACGUCGACUAAGACAACUUGGAAGAAACUUGUAUAGAAUAAGCCGCGGGCUGUCUCGAUAA